GGCCCUGUAUAUCGAGUCAUGACUAUUCUUCGACUUGAAAAUCGUAACUCUACAUCAUCAGCUCGGCUAAUUCGACUUAAUUUCGGAUUUUUGGAACAACCAUAAUUGAAAGCAGAAGAAAAAUUAAAUAUACACCGACAUAAACGCCUGAGGAGAAUGUCAUGACAUCAUCUCCAUUUAUGAACCUCAAAGUCACAACUUAAACUAAAACAGAGUUUUGUCGUAGCUCCAUAUAAACCACAAUGAGAAAAGAAGCUAUCUAAAGCAUCCAAAAACGCUUUAUAGAACAGAGCCUAUAGAAAUACAACACUUGAGCAGGCUCAAGAGUUAUACGCCAUUAGAGAAAUCAGAGGUAGAAAAGUGGGCGGCCGUAGCUACCAGGUGCACCAAUAUAUAGUGGGGCAUUUGCAACCAAGCUUCUCGUCUUUACCUCUGUUCCCUUCACAGCACGAGCAGGCGAUGGCGUCCCCAGCAGAAGCAAGGGAGGAUAGGGAGGAGGAAGCGCUGGAGCAGUUCUACGAGCGGUGGCUGCUCAACCAGGAGCGGUUCAUGGAGCAACUCCAGUCUUUCACCAACACCAGCGUCCAGGAGAAGGUGGUGCAGCCCCUCGUUGCCAUGGUCCUAGACCACCACCGUCAGCUCUUUCGUGCAAGGCGGUCGGCGGCGAGACUCAACAUCACCGCCGUCCUCUCCCCACCAUGGCUCACCCCCUUCGAGAAGUCCAUAACGUGGAUCGGCGGGUGGCGCCCUCGCACGCUGCUCCGGAUCGCCGCCACCGCUCUGGCCGCGACCCUUCGGGACGAUCAGCGCCGCCGGAUGGAGCGGCUGCGGGCCGAAGCGGUCGAGCAGGAGGAUGGGCUGUCGAGGCAGAUGCAGAGUUUCCAGGACGCCGUGGUGAACCGCCGGGUGGUGGAGCUCGCCCGGCGGCAGGGGCAGCUGCGGAACGGCGAGCUGGACCGGGCGAGCGCCUGCCUGGACCUGGUGCUGGAAUGGGAGAGCGCCGCGCUGGAGCUGGUCCUGGCCUGGGCGGACAGCCUUCGGCUCGCGACGCUGAGGAACGUGGUGAAGUUGCUGAGCCCCAUCCAGUCGGCGUCGUUCUUGGCCGCCACCGCUCUGUGGCAUCUUCAGGUGAGAAGGUGGGGGAAGCUGCAGCAGCAGAGGAGUGUCCAUGGAGGAAGCAGUGCACAAUGAGCUUCUUCCACGCUUCCCCGUACUCUUUUCUGAUCCGCACCAUCAAAGAGGCCCAUACAAUAUAGUUUAGGUGUCUUUCACUCUUUUUCUGAGCACCAUCCUCAACCAUGUGCUUCCAUAGUUUUGGUGUUUGUAGUUACAGACUCUGCUCUAGCCAUGGCUCUCUUUUCUGUGUUUAAUUACUCCCUGUAUACAUCUCCUAUCUUAGUAGUGGUACCUUUCUAGAGCGGACGCUUGUUGUUUCAUAGAAAUGAUCGUAAUACAAUUACCCCAUGGUUAAAUCACCGAUGUUUGAUGUAAUAUAUAUUAAAAAAAACUUCAAGAUAUGAAACAAGAAAACAAGUUUCACCCUGAAAGUGUGUCUCUCUGAAUAUAUCCAUAGGAGAGAUCAUGGUGGGAAUCAUCAAUAUUUGCAUUUCGAUUAACAACAGAUCGACAACUAUGA